CAGGCAUUUCUUUUUUCUUUUUUUAUUCUCAUGGAUGCAUUGCUGCCCGGAUAAAGAUGAAGAAGAAUAUGCGUACCUCAACAUUCAAGUUACAUUGUUUUUCUUUUGAAAUUUAUUCAGGAAGCUCAAUAAGGGAAUUUUAAAAAUAGAAAAAAUGUACAAAAAGGGGAACAAGAAAAGCACAAUGUAUUUUUUGUUACAAUAAAGCACAAUCAGCUCUUAAAACAAUUGUUGGAAUGAAAACAUUAAGGAAAUAUUUUGAUAGUGUAUGAUUCAUUUCUAAUUAAUUUCUGUUUGUUUUGUCACUAAAAGUUGUUGUUGUCCAAGCUUUUAUUGUGAAAUUGCCGUUUCCCCAAACCGGAAGUUUACUUUCUGCCGCAGUUCCAACCGGUGGUUCGGACGUUUCUCCUGAUUACAGCGGGUUUUAGCGAGAUUAGCCGCUUUAUGCGUCUUUUUAGACAUAUUUUAUUCUUAUACUCAAAGUCAUUUGGACGUAAAAUCCCCGGAGUUCAUCAUCCUCAUCAUGGUCAACCUGUGCUGUCUCUGCUGCGGUGCGCUCCCAGAACCCCGCCCCCCUCCGCGCGGCCAUCCGAGAGGACCGCGGGGCCCCCGCUCCGCACAACCGCAGCAUCAGCAGCAGUAUCACCAGCUGCAGCAGCAGCCCGCUGGCUCCGGUCCAGACGCUCUGAGGGGGGCGCAGGCAUCCGGAGCGAACGGGAGGAAAGAGCAUAAAGAUGCGUGAACUUUUAGUUCUGCGCUGACAUGUGAAGGUGCGGCAUGCUCUCCCCCCAUCAGGACUGUGCAGGAGAGGGCACGGGGGCCGGAGGUCCCGCUGAUGCAGAGGAGCAGCAGCAGCAGGAGGAGGAGGAGGAGGUGCGCUCAUCUGCUCAGAGAGAUGCUCCAGAGGAACAGCGUCCAGUCAACCAGUCGCUGGGCGCCUGCGUCUGCCAGGAGUCCCUGUGGCGCUGCCUGCUGCUCUCCAUGCUGAUGUACAGCUGCCUGGGCGCCGUGGCCUGGUGUCAGCUGACCCGGGUCACCAAGAUCAGCUUCAACUCUGCUCUCACCUCCUCUUUCUCGGCCUCCUUGUCCUCCCUGCGGGGGGCGUCGGGGAUGGGGGUCGGGGGACCCUCCAUGAUCUACCACGACAGCCCGUGCUCUGACGGCUACAUCUACAUCCCGCUGGCGUUCCUGCUCAUGCUGUACGUCCUGUACAUGGUGGAGUGCUGGCACUGCAGGGUGAAGAGCGAGCUGCAGUCCAAAGCCGACCUGGACAGCGUGUACGAGCGCGUGCUGCGCAUGCGCCAGGCGCAGCCCUGCAUCUGGUGGAAGGCCAUGAGCUACCACUUCGUUCGGCGGACGAGGCAGGUCACCCGGUACCGCAACGGCGACACCUACACCACCACGCAGGUUUACCACGAGCGGGUGAACACGCAUGUAGCCGAGGGGGAGUUCGACUACAGCCACUUCGGGAUGAAGGACGUGUCGCGAGAGCUCAGGGGCUUGGAGGGACACCCGACCACUCGGCUGCACUUCACCAAAUGCUUCAGCUUCACGGAAGCAGAGCCGGAGAACGACUACCUCAACCAGAGAGCCUGGUUUUUCUCCGAAAUCGAAGGCCUGGACGACUACAUGGAAGCCCGGGAGGGGAUGCAGCUGAGGAACGUGGACUUCAGAGAGAGCCUGAUCGCCUGCGUGGAUCCGGACCGGAUGCCGUGGUACACCUCGCAGGGCGCCUUUUGGCUGGCCGCUCUGCUCAUGCUGUCCUGGCCUCUCCGAGUCCUCAUCGAGUACCGCACCGCUCACGUGCACUACAGAGUCGAGAAGCUGUUUGGGUUGGAGUACACCCCCAGAAGUCCUUCUGUGACUGAAGGCAGACCCGGCGGGAAUGGCGCCGCUUGUGUCAUUCCCAGAGUGGACACGCUGGACAGCACUGACAUGGAGUGGCACAUUCGGUCCAACCGCCAGCUGAUUCCCAGCUACUCGGAGGCCAUUCUGAUCAACAUGGCGGCGGGGACGUCGAGCUCGCUGCAGAACCUGUCGUCCUCCAGCUGCCUCCUGCUGAACAGCCGCGCCCACAUCCUCCAAAGCUACGGGGCGCUCCAGAGCCAGGACGACUGCGACGGACAGAGGAGGAGGAGGACCGCCGCCAGCUCCAGCUGCUCCUCCUUGUUCUCCUGCCACGCCGGCACACUCCUCCACUCCCACCUGACCCCAGACACCUCCCGGUUCUCUCUGUGCCGCAUGCACGGCUCCCACCGCAGCGUGGCGCCGUGGAGGAGCCGCAGCAGCGACCUGUCUGACCCCUGCUGCGCCGACGGGCAGUGCUGCCGCUCCGACUCCAGCCAGCUGGCGCUCAGUGACAGCCCGCCCACUUACAGGGACGCCCGCUUCUUCCCGUCGCUGAUCGUGCACUGGUCGGAGAGAGGCGAGGACAGGAGGGAGGCGAGGAGAUACUACAUACGGAGAGGGUCAGCAUGUGUGGAACGAGAUUUAUGAAGACUCAGUUAUAAUAAUAGCAAAAGUCUAGAAACUUUUGAGUUAUAGAUAAUAAAACUUUGAAGAGUUUUCAAGUAUAAUUUAAAAAAAAAAACAAUUAAAUCUUCAAGACCGGAGCUCCAGUGUUUCUGUUCUUUCAUAUACUGUAUUUUUUUAACCGUUAAUACGAUCAAUGUAAUUCCAGUCGAUUUUCAAAGGAGAAAAGCGGUUAAAAAGUUACAGUAUGUUAAAGAUUUCAUGUUUAAGCAUUAAAGCAAACUUUCCUCUUUUAGAAUCCCACUAUAAUUAUUUUUUUUUACCUAUUUUCAGCAUUCCCAGUAAUCAUGAUUAUGCCGUUUUUAGCCAAAAUGAAAAAACUGUUGAGUCGUCUGCAAGUGAAUCUAUCAGAAUGGAAGCUUAUGACCCGCCCAGCGUGUUCACUACAUCACAAUAUGAGCUUUUUCAAACGGCCUUUUUUCAUCUGCUCCUGAUUUUCAGUGAUUUGAAUAAAUAAAUACUCAGAAAUUCAGUUUUAAGCUUAAUUUUCUUCAUAUAUAUCAGAAAAAUGCCACAAAAACACAAGUGGGUCUUUAAAGAGAAGCUAUGCCGUGCAUUUAAAUCUGUAUUUACACCGUGAAAUGACUAAAGAUGCAUGAUCUUACACUAGACAAACAGCAUGUGAACGCUCUCGCACCUCCGAUUAUUUACAGAAUAGAGAAUUUAUGGGUCUGCUCAUGCCACGGGAAUAAAGCUCAGGUCAGAUUUUUAUUUUAUUUUGUAAGCAUGUUAAGUGCAUUGAUUUUAUUUUGGAAUAAAAAGGAAACUGAAACCUGUGUCACUUGUUUA